AGCUGCUCUUAGAACAAACUUGCGAUUUGUAUGCCAAUUUUACUAACGAGAUUAUGAUCAGUUAUGAUUAGAGAUUGCUAUAAGUCCUACGAAGAAAAAAUGGAAGACUUUGUACCAACACGUGGCUCUCAAAUCAAGAAAACUGCGACGAGUGAUUACAUAUCUGUAAAUUAUACAGCGCGAAAGAAAAAGGUGAAAUCUGCAGAUGACUCAAAUAACAAAGAAAAGCUUGAGGAAUCUACGAAACAAACACCUGCUGAAUUAAAACAACAACAAGAAAAAGAGAUGAAGAAGUUGCGAUAUGAGAUUAUCAAAUUUGGUAUGUCUGGUUUCGAGAAACCAAAGGCGAGGAGAGCAAAGGUUGAGCUCGCUAUUAGUUUAGGUGCAAUACCUCCCAAGAACAGGAGAAUGAAUUACAAAGCAUUAAAGACGCGUCAAAAGAUAGAGAAAGAGAAGAAAAAGGAGGAAGGACACAAGUCUGGACUCACCAGUAGUUUGCUCAAACCUAAGUCUAAGAAAACACGGAAGAAGGAUAGUGGUAUUCUACAAGUUUAUGGAAAAGUACCGAAAGAUAUCUUGCCCAAGAAAAAGAGCUGAAAGUAAAAAUAGUUUCUAAAACAUGAAACUUUACACGAAAUUGGUAGGGUAAAGUAGAAAUAUGUUUUAAAUAAAAUAUCUUGU